UCUCUUGUUUAAAACCUAAUCAACAAAUUAUCGAAUCACAGAAUUCUGUGAUCGAAUGCCAUAGAUAUUUCUCAAAUUCUGAAACGUUCAAAUACAAAUUGAAAGAUGUCGCCACUUGAAUUGUCACUGUCAACGUGAACAAUAUUCUGUCAAAAUCUGUCAGUCUGCAAAUCCAAAACAAAAUCAAAAACAAAUUCCUUUUUGAAAGAUGUUUCUUUGUAAGAAAUAUUUGUAAAUUAGAAUAUAUUUUUGUGAGUAAACAUGGAACAAGUGAGACUUUUAGUACAAGAACAGGGCCGCGAGGCAAGAAAUCUGCUCGCAUUCAACAUUUCAGCUGCUAACGAAGAAUUCAGAAAUAAAGUGGCUCGGAAGCCACCUUGCUCUCCAAGACAUCCUGAAUCAGCCUCCACUGUUCAGAACUCUAAGGCACCUAGCUUGCGAUCUAGAACUGGCGCUAGGGUAAGAUCAGCAUCCACAGGUCGGGACAAAAGAUCUGAGUUAAGAGCUCGGUACUGGGCUUUGUUAUUUGGAAAUUUGCAGAGAUCAAUUGCCGAAAUAUACAAUACUGUAGAAACGCACGAAAGUUUAACAGAAUGUCAAGAAGUUCUUUUGGUUCUAGAAAAUUAUUUGAGAGAUUUUACAGCUUUAGCUGAUUGGUACCGGCUUAAAUGGGACUAUGAGAAUACUCCGGCAUUACAGAGACCUACUUCAUUGGCCUGGGACAUCUGUAAGACAAAUUUGAGUAAAACUUGUAAAUCGGGAAAAUCCAGUCCUAAUUUAGGUUCUGGCAGAAAUAGCCCAAACAUUUCAGGUAAAAUAAGUCCAAUUGUACUUCGAAACAAGACCAAAUCAUCCACUUCAUGUCCCACGAGUCCUCUUCCCAAUAUAGAUAUACCCAUUUUCGAAGGACAACCACUGGAAACCUCUCUUGAAAUUAACAAGCAAAUAUCAGAAGAUGAUAAAACAACCAAAGAAAACCUAAAUAUACUAGAAGAAAAUGUUAAAGUUACAGAUGAAAAUGUAAAAAUUAAUGAACUUCAACAAAUUACUGAAAAUAUAGAAACUACACAGUCCACUAUAGAAACCAAUACGAUUACAUCAGUUGAUACUAUAUCUCAAACUGAUAAUAAAUUAAAUAAUACCACCGAAGAACAUGAUGUUAAAUUAGAACAGCAGGUUGAGAAAAAAGACGUUGGAUGUUCAAACAAUUGUUCCGAGGCUGUCAGCUUUGCUGAGAAAGGUAUAUCUACAAUAGAUGAUUCCAUAGAAAAAGUUUGCAGUGGUACUCAAUGCGAUAAUAUUGUCUGUCAAAAGCCACACAGAAGAGUUGAACAUUCAAAGAAAAAACCAGACUUACUCAAAAUAGUUGACACCAAAUCUAAAUUUAAUCAAAAAUCUAGCGUUAAAUCUCCGAGUAUUAAAUCUGAUAAAAGCAUAACGCCAAAAUCAAAAUCUUCGGAGUCUACAAAAUCUACAAAAACUUAUAACAGAAAGCCAGCUUUGGAAAAGCAGAACAGUAAAGAAGAAGAAAAAACACCAGAAAAACGUGCUUUUCCAAUUGGCAACACGGAGAAAGCAUCAGAAGAAAAGGCCUUAGAAGAUGUAGAGUCUAAGAAGGCUUCUUUAGAGUUGAACUUUAAAGAACAAUCACCCAAAACCAUUAUUGUGAAAAAUUUGGAUUCUCCAAGUGAGGAUCAAAGAACCUACGAUACCCUUCGCAAAGUGGGCGUUCAAAGUGCAGAAAAAAGUACUUGUACUAAUGACGACUUUCCAAAAUUACCAUUAAAAAGAACGAAUGUUGUUAAAGUCCACAAAGAUUGUCAAACUGAUGACAAUAGAGAACUUGAUAAAUCUAAAGAAGUUGAAAAGCCUAAAGAGCUUGAGAAGAAGGAUAAAGAUCUGAAAGAACCUGAUAAGAAAUUUAAUAAAACAGGAAAAAUUAAUGAUGUGAAGCCUAUGAAGCCUCCUACUGCUUUGAGAGCUGCAUAUUCCACAGCAUUGACUAAAAGUGCCUCAGCUAAAGGCGUGCCUCCCAAAGCUAAAGUUGAGAUUAAACCUAGUGUUGCGAAUGUUGCUCACCCUCGUGUUCUUAAUACAAACCGGGACACAAACAACCCAAAGCUCCAUCCAAAACCUUAUCCAAUCCGUCUCUCCCUCCAACAGCGUUCCUCUAAACCGGAAGGAAACGUUCUAUCACGUAGUAAAACUGUUGGCGACAUGAAAAAUCCCAAUUACACUGCUAGACCAUACAUCAAACCCACCUCCCGCAAUGAUCUCCAAAAAACGCCUCUUAGUAAUCAUAAGUUCCUUCUUCAAAAGAGCAAAACUACUCUCACUAAGGAGCACCUAACUAAAUCGUUAUCUUUGGAUGAAUACGCAAGUUCCGUGGAAACUCUUGUCAACCAAGAGGGAAGGAAGAGUUCUAAUGUAACUAAUUCAAGUAACAGUAUCGGUAGUUCUUCGGAAACUUUAAAUAAUGAGAAUGUGAAGGAAGCGCCUGCAGACGGAUGGCUUACUGUUAAGUGUCGGUCGAGGUUUAAGAAUGGAGGUAAAGGUAGAAGGAGUGAUACUGCUUUGAGUUGGACUACUAGGUUCCAUCAGGUUAGCGCUACAGCUAGUCUUCCCGCUUUAGCUCUAUUACCGGAAACAACGGACUCUACAAAGCCCGCAAAACCACAAAAAUCUAUAGAUAAAAGUGUUAAAGAAAAUAUCAACACUUUAAAAUCGUUGAAAAACAAUUCCGAGCAUAAUAAAUCUGAAAAUAACAGAAACCUUUUAAAAAGAUCCAAUACGACUUUAAGUCACGUUAGUGUUAGCAAACCCUCGAAUGGUAAAAACAACACCAUACAGGAGAAAAAUAAAAUGAACAUGCAGAUUAAGAGAACCACUGAGAGGGAGACCAAGAAAAUUGCCGACGUCGAUUCGGAAACUGAUGACGAAAUGAAAAUUAAAGACUUUCAAGACGAAUUAGCAACCGAAGAAGAACAUCGCAAAAAAGCGAAGCAGUUAUCAGAAGAAGAAGAUCGUUUAACGAAAGAAAUAGAGCAUUUACAGGGUCUUGAAAUUGAAGUGGACACAGAAACCGAUGGUACAGAGACUGAUGGGGAUGAGUUACAGGGUGAUAAUGAUGACGAUGUAGAUACAAAUUUAACAAUUGUGCAGGAUGAUGAGGAAAUGUCUUUGGAAGCGAGAUAUGAGCCAAUGCUUGCAGAGAUGUCAUGGAGCGAACGCAUUGACACCCUAGCAGCCUUAGAAGCCUUAACAGCCCGCCAUCCAGGUCGAGCUCAAGAAUUACACCAAAAACUCUCGAAUCCAGCUAGAAGACGAAGUCUCGCUGAGACCGUUAGGAAAUAUCAGGCGAAACAAGCCAGAGCUCAACAGAGGAGGCAGGAUUUGCAGCACGAAAAGGCCCAAAAAUUGCAGGCUUUACUGGCUAGAGUCGAAGACGUAAAAGCCGCGAAACUGCAACUUAUCGAGGAAAAGAGACGCAGAAUGGAAUUGAGAUUACAAAAAGCGGCUCAAAACAGAAAACGACACAUCAAAGAUAUUGUUAAGAAAGCACAUGACGAAGAAGAAAAGCUAAAGGAGAUAGCCUUUAUUAAUGAACUUGAAGCUCAAAACAAAAGACACGACUAUCUCCAAUCUUGUCGGGAACAGCGUGGUCGUAUACAAGGAAUUCAAGAAGACAGGCGCAAACGGCAAGAAGAAAAAGCCGCGAAGGAAGCGGCCGUUGAAGAACGAAGAAAAGCUCUCGAAAGAGAGAGAUUGGAAAGAUUAGAUAGAUUACAAGAUGAACGGAGACAGAGAGAUGAACGAGUAGGACAACAACAACAGCAAAGGGAGAGGGAAAGGCAGGAAUUAGCUAGGGAGAAAGCUAGAGAUAGAGAGGAGAGACUGUCUGCUCUUCACGAAAAACAAUUGGCAUCUACGCAGGAGCUCCAAAAACGAAUUGAGCAAAAACACGAGGACACCAAGAGGAGACACGACGAAAAUAUGGAACAGAUUAGGCAAAAAGCGUUAGAAUUGUCAAUUCACAAAUGUCAAAACGAAGAUAACCAAGCUCCGAACAUGGUGCCUUAUCCUACACAAAAAAUGUGUUCUGUAUGUAAUGUUUUGAUAAAAUCUGAAGUGUACUUAAUGAGCCAUCUCCGUGGCAGGAUGCACCAAGAAGCUGUCAAACAAGCGAAUCUCUCACCGGGUGACAUCGAACAGUACAACGUAAUGCAAAUUAUCGAAGCUCCUGCAGAAAAAGAAGAUCCGAAAGUAGUUGCUGCCAAAGAAAGAGGAAAAUCGUAUAGAAAGAGAUGCAAGAAGAUCAGACAGAGAAUGGCAAUGAGGGGGGCCGAGUACGAGACGGGGUAUAAGCCGAAUAUCACUGAUGGAACAAAUAAACGCAGUUUGAACCGCAGCAUAAAUACAAUUGGUUCAAUAACGAAUCAAGCAAGUCAAGGACUAUCGCCGGCUUGUUCGAGCCAACUAGACAGAAUUCUAAACGAGUUAACUCGUUUGCUUAAUAAAGGCGCGAAAAAUGAUUUGGUGAUGUUCCAAACUGUAGGAGGCUUUGCCGUUUUGGGGAAAUUGCUGGCUCUGGGUCAGGACGGUAACACUUCUAUUUCAAAUAAGACUUUGAUAAUUUGUUGCAAUUUGUGGCAGAUUGCUUGUAAAGGACCACAUGGUAAAAAUAAUUGCGAAUACGUGAUACUUUCAAAUCGUUUGUCUCCAGUGAUUGAUCUUCUCAAUAUGAAGUUAUCGGAUCUAGACGACAGUGAAGACGAUCUACCCGCGGAACCUCUAUGUACAGCUUUAAUGCAACUUUUAGCAACAGUGCUUCAAAACACUCCCAAAGAAUGUCCGCAUACCAGAAUUCACGACAUUGUCAGCUUUUCUGUGUGUGUCGGCGUAGUGGAGCAACUAGCAAGGUGCUGCUUGUCAGUUAGAGGACCUGUACAUGACAUUCCAAAUGCUUGCGCGUUCUUAUUAGCUGCUUUGGAAUUUUUGGCAGCUUUAGCAGACCAUGCCCCCGAAGAUUCUGAUGCUACACACCUAGUAAGUACCUUGCACGCCACUGAGCUACUGGGAUGCGUCUCGAUGUUGUACGGUUCCCUUUUGCCACCCGAUUCGACACCUAGGGUCGAAGGGCAACAGCCCCCAUCGAUACCGACACCUUGUCUCGCGCUGGCGUCUGUGACGUUCAAAUUAUUAAGAAGAGUUGCAGAAUUAGAUAUUAAAAAGUUCCAGGAGGUACUGGGUGCAGAAGGUAUAUCUCUGCAAUUUCGUCACAUCUCUAGUCACUUGCUGUGGUGUUGCGCAUCACCCACCAUUCCGAAAACUCAUGGAAAAGAAGAUGCAGUAUGUGAAUUAGCAUAUGAAGAAUUGCUUCACCAAGUAAUUACUGUUACUGGGUAUUUCGCUGUAGAAAAUAACGAUAAUCAGAUGCUGUUGAUAAGUGGCCAACCCCCAUCCGUCCUUCAACAACUAUCUUCUUUACCAUUUCCGUAUUUUUCCGUGGAGCUUCUUUCAAAUAUUUUGUAUCCCACGCUACUGGCUUGUUGUUCCGGAAAUGAACAAACCAUGUCCAUAUUAAAACAGGAAUUAUCUUAUAGUAUUUUGGAAGAAUUCAGAAAUUCAGAAGCAGGUCGGCAACAUCGCCUGGUAAAACUGCUAUCGAAGAGUUCAAUGAAAUAAUUAUGUUGUUAUAAAAAUAUGUUAAGAAAUUAAUGUAUUUUCGUGCAAUGUUUUUUUAAUAAUGUUUAUUUAUUUACUAUGUUCAGUUCUUUAUUUCGAGAUUAAGUUGAAUUAUGUUCGAAUUUUUUAAUGAAAUAAAAAGUCAAAUAGUUGGACGCACAAAUAGCAAUUUUUAAAGAGAAUUUUAGGAAUUGUUACAAACAUUUUAUCUGCGUUAUGUUUUUAAAACAAAUUAUAGAGGUAAAACACAUUUACACUUUUUAAAGUUGAGGUUUAUGUGUAUCAGAAGAAAAAAUUAAGUCAAAUAUUUAAAAAGAUAUCUUCCUAUAGUUUUUUUCAGUUUUAUUAGCCUGUGUAACAUCACUAUGUUAUACAGGGUGUGCCAGAAUAUGUAAGAAAUUCCCGGAUUCAGAUUUAGAAUUUUAAAUAAAAAUUUUCUUGGUUUCUUCAGUCAAAUGAUUUUUUUAUAAUUUAAGCACUACAUAUUUUUUGAAAAAUACAAUUUUUCCAUCUUCUGGUGCAUUCAAUGACUGAAAAUUAUUAAAAAAAAAAAAAGCUAUUCAAGUGUGUUCGUUACACACCAAAAACGAUGAAAAGAACCAUAUACAUUUUUUAAAUCUAUUAAAAAAAGUUAUUGAAUAGGUCUCAAAAAAUAAGAAAUUAAAAUGGUUGUUUCUUGAAAAUGUGUGAGAGUACUUUUGGUUUUUAAUUUCUUCCUAUGGUCCACAUAAACUUUAACAAAUAGAAUCAAUAAUAUUUUAAAUAAUAAAUAUUUAUAUCUAGUCCACUGUUGAAGAUAAUCACUUAAUAGUAUCAUAUAUUACAUUAACGUUUUUUUUUUGUGCACGUAUUAUGAUUUUCUUUUCCAUAGAAAAAACGAUUUUGGAUAUCCAGAGUGGUAGGUUGUGAAUUAUUUAUUUUUCUAAACAAUUGAAAAAUUCCUUUUGUUUUAUUUCGAUGUGAUGUAUCUGUAGUUUGUAUCAAUAAUAAAAUUAUAUAUAUUUUUAUUUAUUUUAACUAUAUAUAUGAUCUAUAUAUUCCUUAUAUUUUGUACUCAAUAAAUUUG